ACACAGCACAACACAGCAGCGCCACCACUGCUAGAAAGGGCUGUAGUGAACAUCACAUAAUAAAAGGAGCAGCCCUUUCCACGCACGUUGGAUGUCGCAGCGUUGCUGUGGGUUGCCUCACUACUCCGUCGCCUCCCCUCGCCUCGCCUCCCGUUUACACCCAUAGUGCUUGACUGGAAGAGAGUACGUUAGGGCUUGGUACGGAGAGGAGGGAGGGAGAGAGAGGCCAGGCUGUGCAGUGAGCAUCCUCUGGAACUGCCGUUGCUUCCACCGCGACCAACGUGCUCCCUACUUGAGUUUGGGGUCUCCGCUUCGUCUUCAUGAUCAGUAAACUGAGGACGUUAUCAUAGUGCGACAGAUUAAGAUUGAUUACCACAGCCUGUCAAAUCUUGUCAUUCGUUCAAGGAGCACCACCAGCCAGUCUUACCAACCCGUUUCUCCCGACAUCCUCCCGCAACGGCAAUGUUCCCGUCUCCAUGCAUUGCGCUCAGUCGGACCACCUCAGGUUUCACCGCAAAUUUAACGGCGCUUUCUAAGGCAGGUCCGUCUGCUCCAAGCCAUCGCACCAGGCGUCAUGGCCUCCAAAUCUCUGCUUCUGCUGCUCCCCCAGCAUCCGGGGUCCGCGCUGAGAGCUCCACUGUCGUGGCGGCCCUAGAAGGGAGCUUAAGCCUGUCGCAGAGUCCGUGUUUUGAGAGUCGCCUGGGCGUCGGAGAGACUGCUACUGGCAUGCUGAGUGACGGUGGGGACACGUCAGACUCGGACAAUGCCGGCAUCUUAAUCUCGUCGUCGGAGUACAACAUGCGGAUGAAGCGAGCCAUGGCCAACCCUUACGAAUACCACCAUCACCUUGGCAUGUACUACACGCGCAUAGCGCAGCACCUACUGGUGGGGUCGCAGCCGCAGGGCCCAGACGACAUAGUGCGGCUGCAGCGCGAGGAGGCGGUGGCGGUGGUGCUGAACCUGCAGCAGGACCACGACAUCGCGUACUGGGGCGUCGACAUCCAUGGCGUCACAAGCCAGUGCCACCAGCUCGGACUCAGGCACUACCGCCGACCGGCGGUGGACUUCGACCCGCAUUCGCUGCGGCAUCAGCUGCCGGGCAUGGUGGCGGUGAUAGAGCGCCACGUAUCGGGGGGCCGCACCGUGCUCGUGCACUGCACUGCUGGCCUCGGCCGCGCGCCUGCUGCCGCCAUCGCUUUCCUCUUCUGGUUCCGAGACAUGGACCUGCGGACGGCGUAUGAGAUGGUCACCACCAAGCGGCCGUGCGGCCCGCGGUGGGAGGCCAUACGAGGGGCCACUUGCGACCUUGCAGGCAGCCACCAGCAGCGCUUGGAGCAGCUUCCCUCGCAUGCCUUUUCAGAUGUGUCCAAGGACGAGAGGAGGGCGAUUCAGGAGAGAGUAAGAAGGCUGUACUGUGGGUGAGUUGGUGCUGGUGCUGGUGGGCAGCACUAGCAUGGUGCUCCCCUGUAUGGGUAAUGUGUCUACUCGUGUCUGCUGCCAAAGGGAGCAGGUAAUUGCUUAGAUUGGUUGGCUGGUUGCCCUAUUACCAUAGCCAUUGCUGGUUGUACAUAAGUCGCACGCUAGCUAUUGGUGCUGCCGAAUUCUGUACUUCCAUGUAUCAAAUUGUAUAAGACCAGAAUGCCCA